GGAAGCGAAGAAGAAGUUACUCCAGAUCUGAAGGGACCGAAGCCCUGUGUGUCUGAGGCUGAUGAAGAGGGAUGGCUCCUGGUCAAUCUGCACGAGGGAGCCACGGCGGAGGCUAGCCCCAUGGAGGACCUCCUCAUCGAGCACCCCAGCAUGUCUGUGUACGUCUCCGCUGGCCCUCUCCCUGCGGUGGAAGAGAGCACCACCAGCCUGAAUGGCAGUGUCAGCAGGAUGUCUGAAUCAGCAGCGCCCGUAAUGACCAGGAGCAGCAUGCCCACACGGGUGACCCGAGGAGCAGCCGCACAAGCAGGCGCCCUGGCUAAAGUCACCCAGGUCUCCAGGGUCCAGAGGGCCAAAGCCCGCACUGAGCGUCGCCACCUGGCACGCAACCGCAUGCAGCGCCAAAACCGUGUGCGUGAACAGGUGCAACGGCGCGCAACCCACACCCGCAACUCCUUCCUGCACCAACCGUGCCAGCGCAACGUCUGCCACUGAUGCAUUAAAGUUUACAUUGAGGGCAUUAUAACCCACCCCAAGAAAACCCACACCUCCCAAUAAAUCCCCUACCUUCUCAAGUUCUCCUUUUGCUUUUACUGGUUUUAUGUACAUAAUGUUAUUCAGUUUCAUAUUAAUCAGGUUUGUCUUUGAGUACAAGCCAGUUUAUCCUCUUUUCACUCUUAUUUGGAAACGCACUACCAAGCACAAUUACUCUAAGACGAUUCAUUUAUUUGCUUAAAUGGCCAUGUACCUCCAAUAACACCUAAAUCAGUAUCUGGGAGUAUAGCUGAAAAGGAGACACAUGUAAACUCUGUAUCUUUACAUACAUCCCUCUAAAUGUAUAACAAUGACACUUCAGGUACAUUGACACUGUUCGUUGAAACAUAAUCAGGUUAAAUUGUCAAAAGAAGGAGCCAACCACUGAAUGCUUCAUGGAAAUAUGAUCCUAAGAUCACAUCACACUGAGAGAACAAAAAGCUACUACAGCAAUAAAAAAGGUCACUUAAAGACAACAAGAAUGAAAAGUAUGUAGAUAGUGUGAGUGAGCAAGAAUAGUAAACAGAUACAUGCAGUUGAGAGUUUGAAGAUUAAGACAAAUCUAGCCAGAUAUGUUUGUAAAGAGGUCAUUUCAAAGUAGAUGUUGCUGCCUGGUUUUCAGCAUAGCGGUGCUAGCUUUCAAAAGUAAUUCGACUCCCAAACAAUUUCAUUUAAUUGCUUGCUUUUGUAUGACCUCUCUUCCUAAACCUAGUGAGUUGCCUAUCUAAACAGCAUUUAGGAAACACCAUUUAUAGGUGUGCUUCCGCAAAGGUAGCAUCCUUCCAAGAAAAGGCAAUUUCACUGAAGAAAUCAAUUCAAGAUGUUGGAGAAAGUGGGCACUGUCAAUUCUAUACAUAGUCUGAAUGGGAAAAAUACCCCAGUGCAUUUAUAAAUAGAUAUUUACACCCAAUAUUUAGGUGUGUUAUGAAUUUGUGCUUAUUAGACCAUUGCCUUGCGUUAGCUUAGCAACAUGCUAACAUCAAAUUCUACUGGAAUCAACUGUAAGCAUCAAAACUCUUGUGUAUUUUGUAAUUAAUUCAGUACCAAAAAUUAUAGAAAACAGCUUAGCAACAUGUCACCAUCAAACUCUAUUGAAAUCUGUUUUAAUUCAUGUCUCUUGAGGCAGCUUCUUAAGGUAUCUAGCUCACUAGAUUUUGAAACAGAGCCUUCAGGUAAACUGACAGAGGGUCCAUCAUGGAUAGUACUCAUAUAACAACAACAACAUAUUACGAAGAAGAUUCAUUAUUAUUUUUCAAUGAUCUUUUAGGGAUAUAGCUGUUUAGCAUUUCCCUAAAAUGUGACAUGAAGCUAAAGCUGACAUGAUAGCCCCCUGUCAACAUCUGAUCUAAUAGGAAGCGAUCGCAGGAGUAUCGGGGCAAUGUGCAAUGUCUUUACAGAUCAACUUAUAGCACUGAGGAGAGGUUGCCGUAGACUAUGGAUAUAAUUGCUUCUAGAAUGUGCAGGAUAGUAUCGAUUGUGACUCUUUAUUUGCUUCAUGGAAGAUUACUGUUUGGUGAAUUUCACAAAAAAUUGUCAAGAUGACUGCAUAAUCUGCAAAAUAUAGUUACUUUUGAUUUUGGGAUGCAAUUUGUCAAGUUUUUGUGAGAUUGACC